AUUAAAGCACUGAUUUCAGCUCCGGCCUCUGAGGCCCCUGGGGAGCCCAAGAAACCCACAGAGGAGCCCGCCGUCCCUCCUGCUCCUGCAGCGGACACCCCCGCGGCCCCGAAACCCAAACCUAAACCCAAACCCAAACCGGACCUCACCAAGACCGCCAAAGCCCUCGGCCUGCUGGGAAAACGCACCUUUGAUAAACCUCCUCCGGGCCGGUCCACGGGGAUCAUCUCGUUCAUCGGGCCGACCUUCGGCUACAUCGAGAGGGAGGACCUGGAGAAGUACACCUUCAGCUUCGACGCCUUCUUCGGAAACCCCAAAGCCAUGACGCCCGGGGUCAGAGUCCACUUCACCGCCUGCAAGGAGAAGAACAGUCUGAUAGCGACGGACGUGAAAGUGGCUCCAGGUGGAACGGAGAACGUGGACACGGAGAUCUACGAGGCCGUGGUCAGCCAGCCCCUCGUGGAGCCUCAGCCCGGCGAGCGCCACUACCUCGGGCAGGUCCACGUGGACAUCGGGCCCCUGAGGACCAACCUGCCGUUCGACAGGAAGGACAGCACGGUGACGCUGCUGAAGAACGACCAGGUGCUGAUCAACCUGCUGACCGACAUCGUCACGGAGAAGAGGAGGGCCACCAACAUCAAGCCCCAGAUCCCCGCCACCUUCAGCCUCACCAAGGAGACCAGGGAGACGGGCGUCAUCAUCAGCCUGAAGGACAGCGAGGGCGUCAUCAAGUCGGAAGAGCACGGCGAGCUUCCCUUCGACAUCAAGGAGAACUUCAGCGACAUCGAGUUCAACGCCGAGGACAUCAACGAGGAGGUCGAGUUCACCCUGCUCACGCGGAAAGCGGGUAAGCGAGCGAUCAGGAUCCGGCGGGUGAAGGAGCCCCUCCUCCUGACGUUCAGCGCCGCCACAGCCGCGGCUGCCGCCGCCGUCGCCGCCACCUCCGAAGAGGCCGAGGCCCAAAACACAGACGGCGACAGUGGAGACGACUCUUCAAAGUCGGUGAAAGUUAAGGCCGCACCCAGGCUGGAGCUGGGGCCCACCAGAGUCCUGGACCCGGAGCUGUACGAGGGCAUCGUCAGCCAGCCAAUCAUCGAGCCCACGGUGAGUCGAGUGUAACGCAGUAAAAGGCCCCU